CUGAUUAAAACUUCCAACCUUAGAGCACACACUGGUGGUUCAGUAUUCAAGAAGAUGGCUCCCACCUGGCCUCUUUUGCUCCUUUGUCAAUUUCUACUUUACACAACUGUAUCCUCCAAAAAAGUAUGUGGCCGCCCUGAUAUAACGGACGGCAUUGAUGAGUCCGUCCUGAAGCGGGUGUACGAAGUGGGUGAAGAGGUGACGCUUGCAUGUGAACGGGGUUAUUUGCCCUCGACCCCCAACCCACGGAGGAUCACCUGCACUGGAACCGGGGAGUGGACCCCCUCGAAUCUGGCCUGUUCCCCUAAGAUGUGCCCGAUCCCGAAACCUCUGCAACCUCUGGCGAUGGGUCGUACCGAAGCCCCUUUCAAGAGUAUUCUCAACUUCACCUGUGACGAUGGAUACGUUAUGCAGGGAUCUAAUAGUAGCAGUUGUUUGCAUGACGGCACCUGGAGCAACCCCCCACCAAUGUGCAAAGCUGUUAACUGUCCACUGCCAAGGCCACCUGUGGACGGCAGAAUUGUGCAUGACAUGAAGCCGUUCACUGGCACUAACACAAUGUACGGACAAGGUUGGACAUACGAAUGUAACCCACCUAAAGCCCCAAGUUAUGAAAGAGGGUCUUGUAAGGCAGACGGAACAGUUCCAGGGCCACCUUCUUGUCGAGAGGUGAGCUGCCCCAUCCCUCCUAGCCUUCCAAAUGGGUUUAUCACUUUUGCUGUCAUGAAGGAGCAUCGCUACAAGGAAACGGUUCAAUAUGCCUGUAAUGAUCAUUAUGUGCUGGAGGGCGACAGUCACAUGCGCUGCACCAACACUGGGAACUGGUCUACGAAGCCAGUCUGCAGAGCACCGUGUCAAGUUGGCAUCAAGCGAGGCCGUAUCUUCUACAACGCCAAGAAAAUCUGGAUUGAAGAUUUUAAACCAAAUCGGGUACUUCAUAAAGAAGUGGUUGUGUUUUACUGUAAAAACAAGGCAGAAAAGUGUGGGUAUCCAGUGGCUAGUGUGUGCAAUGACGGAGUCCUCCCUCUCCCAGAAUGCUUUGAGGAGCCAGGUAAAAUUGAAUACAACAUCAGGGCAAAAACUCUUCCGUCGGAAAUCCGAGUGUGUGCCGUGGUUCCUCCGGCUGCAAAUGCCACAAGUCCUGCGCAAUGAGAAGAAAAAGGAUCUGAAUAUGCAUUAUAUCACCUCUUAAUAAAAGAUCAUUAAUGAGUUACUCUAAUAAAAUUCCCAACCAG